AUGGCGACGAAUGAUGAAGGCAAAAACUAUUUCACGCCUGCAGUUGAUGAUGAUAAUCUCCGAGCUAUUUCAUGCCACAUUAAAACUGCGUCCCCGGCUGAUAUCGCUUUUGGAACAACGAAUGGGCUUAACGACAAAGAAAUACUACCCAUAAUGAGGUACAGAAACCUUGGGCCGGAUUGUACCCUUUCCGUGAAAUUAACUCCUAUCUUGCGCGUCUAUGCCGUUAAGGGGUACCAUGGUCAAGAUGUUAUCACUCCAGACUUAGACUCGAACGUAGUACUUAGUGUGGACCUUACCUCACUUCCUCAAUUUACGCAAUGGGGUGUUUCCUUUGACAAGGAUAGCGACCGCGUCAUAAUUACGCGUCAAACUGAUUAA